CACAUACACACACACACACCUGGUUUUAUGUAUAUAUUGCUUCAAAAAGGGAGCCAAAGCUGAAAAGGUUUGAGAGCCCCUGGACUAGAGGAAUGCAUGGCUACUGUAGAAGACCCAAAAGGGUGAAGCUCAGUGGUCCAUAAGAUCAUCUCCACUCUUGGGUUCCACCUCACAUCCAUUGUGCCUUCAGUACACCUUUGAGCCAGAGCCUAAGCAGCACAGCCUCCUCACAAGGGACCCAAUAGGUUGGCAGCAAGGGUGCCCCGUUGGAGCUCUUUCUUGGGUCUUCCUUGAAUUGCUCAGGGCUGAGCAUAGUAGUUUCCCAUGUUAUUUACUUCCUAGUUUACCAUUUUGGCAUCCAAACCUUUAGCAUGCAGAAAAUGCAUGUCAUGUACCCAAAGGUAUGGCCCUUGGCCAAAAAGUAUGGGAGCCUCUACAUCUAUCUUACUCAAUAGAUUUAACAGGGGUCUUUUCCAGCCCUAUAUGAAAAUGACAGGGAUUGGCUCCAAGGCAUUCAGCAUGCAAGGCCCGCCCUAUACAUUAGAGCUCUGGCACGUCUCCAACCAAUUGCCUUUGAGAUAUGGCAGUCCUUCCUAUGUAUACAACCUGUUCAAAUAUUUGAUUACUUAAUGAUAAAACAUGUGAAGGAAAAUCAAUAAAAAAUCAAAAUACACCCUGUUUCAUAAGGACUUGUAUGACUCAGCCCUUAUGGCACUAUAAAUGCAGAGGCAUGGCCCAUUGCAGAUAUACUCCUGGUUCUGAAAGGAAUAGAAACAUGAAGAUCCUUUACGUUCUCUUUGCUGUUCUUCUUCUUGGGCUCCUGCAAGGGCCAGAGGUUGCCGAGGCAAAGAUCAAAACCCGUGGAGAAUGUGAAGUUGCUUUGGGUGGCUGCUUCACCUUCUUCUGCCCUCGUGGCUCUUCUGAAAUUGGGAAAUGCAGUUUUGCAAAGAAAUGCUGUGUAGGAUUUAUUGGAAAGUGAUGGCAUGAUCUAACCAAAAAGUGAGAGUCCCAGGGGCUACAUCCUUUGAGAUCUUGUGGAAAAUGACCAACAGAAUGGCUUUCAAAUGCUUCAUCCUUUCUUCCACAACCAUUGGAAUCAACAUACAUCUGACCUCAAAAAAUCUUUCGCUGCUGGGCAGAAAUUUGGCAAAGUUUACCUUCCUCUUGACUCUUUCUGAAUGCAAAUAAACUUGCUGUGAAAUU